AUGAGUGGCAAUGACAUUGUAAAACUACCCCAGGAGGUCCCAAUCCUCCGUGUCACCACAGAACGGGCAUCCAUGCCGGAUGCCCGUACUGUGGUGACAUGCCGCCCACCGUAUUCUGGGGGGGCACACCACUCGAGGGAAACUGAUAACGACCAUGGCAAACGUACAACUGACACUGAGGACGCUGAUUUGGAUAUUGUUAAAUGGAAUGUGGAGGACUGCGACCUGACGUCGCACUCCGACACAGGGACCCUAAGGCUAAGAGGAGGCGGAGGACGUGGUGCUGGCCGUUCGACGUCACGUGAUUCUAAGGGCCGAUUCACUCGUGGCACGGCACCUAGGAAAAAUAUGGAGGCAGCAGGGGAAUCGUCUAGAACGGUCCUCCCAUCAGAUAAUGAUGACGACUCAGAGACACAAACAAACGUGGGAGAGAACCGAAGGAGUCGUCCUAAAAGUCGUCAAAAAAGAGGGAAGAAAAAUAAAAACGUGGGGGAAAGCAAUACUGGAACGGAUGAAGAUAAGGCGGAGGAAAAGGGAUAUAUAGGGGGAGGAUUGGGAGAUCUACCUUCGUCAUUUUCAGAGGCCUCCGAAGACGAAGGAGAUAACCCAAACGAAGAUGACUCGCUUAUGGAGGUGCAGGAGGCUAACCUGAAAAGGUCGAAGCGCAGCAGCGACGAAGACGCCCCAGAGCGGAAGAAAAGCGCCGCCCCCAAAGCAAAGGGAGCCUAUGUCGGACUCCAAGCGGCCAAAGCACGCUUGCAGGAGUCUCAAUCUGAUGAGUCUGAGGGGGAUGAUAUCCACACUCCGCGCGAGAGAUCCCCUGAUGUCCCACAGCUGGCGGAGUCCCCGGAAGACCCCGGAGAACGGGUACGUCUCUGUGCCCAGACAGUAAUGGCUGAGGCCAAAAAAAGCGGUAACCUAAAGGGAACCAUAUGGGGCAGCAUAAAUAGAGCGUGCAAAGAGCUCCUGAAAGUGGCGGACUCCCUGGGUGAGUCUGAAAUUAUUCGCUCACUAAGAGCUGAUAAUAAGAGGAUGAGGACGCAAUUAGCGCAACUCGAAAGCGAGACCAAAGCGUUGCGCCGAGCAUUCUCUGAGCGGCAACCGGUGGCCCCGACUCCCCCAACAGAGCAGUCGAGCGAGGUGAGCACCACUGACCUAAUGCAGGAGAUGUCGGCCUUACUGAACAGGACCCUGGGUAAGUUCAAGAGGGAGAUGGUCAUAACCAUUGGGGAAAAAAUCAACGCCCGCAUUGAGGGCAUUGAACAUCGCCUAAUGCCCGAGACAACCCUGCGGCCUCCCUUGGCGGCAGACCGGAGGAAGGCAACUGCGCCUCCCACAGCGGCGACCGACCGUACAGUUCGUCCAGGAGAUCUGCCAGAGGACCCAUGGACCCCAUUGCCCACACCCACGCCUACUCCGGCACAUGUCCCUGCAGCGAGAUCUAAAAAUACGGCAGGGAAAGCAGUAGCGGCAACAGGGUCAACGCUCAUGCCUCCCGCGAGAGCUGCGCCUGGCCCAAAACGAGCAGGGGGGAGAAAAAAGGGACCCACUGAAACACCCCAAGUGGUCACUUCCCGUCCCCAGAACCAGAACCAGAACCCAGAGGACUGGACAGAAGUACGGAAGAAAGGGAAGAAGAGGAAGAAACGCCACGGAACAAACACGGCCAAAGCUGCAAACCCGCCAACUCCGGCACGGCGAAAGAAGCUGCCGGUACCGAAGUCUGCUGCCAUAGUAGUUGCGUUGAAGCCGGGGGUAGAGGCAUCAUACGCCUCUGUAAUGGCCAAGGCAACCACGUCACUCAAACUGGCGGAGGUUGGGCUUGAGCACGUGACAAUGCGGAAGACAGCAGACGGUGCCCGCAUUAUAGAAAUCCCAGGGGCGGACAAUGUCAGGGCCGCUGAUGACCUCCGCGACAGACUCGAAAACCUGGUGGGAGAUGUAGCGAGGGUAUACAGGCCGGUUAAAAUGGCAAGGAUACAAGUAGCCGGCUUGGAUGAAACGGCUACCCCAGAGAUGGUGGCGAAUGCGGUAGUGGCAAAGGCGGGCUGUCCACAGGAGGUUGUGAAAGUGGGCAACAUCCGAAUGGUGCGAAUCGGAGGCGGAUCGGCCCUGGUGCAGUGUCCGGUCACGGCUGCCAACACUCUAAUAGAGGCCGGCCGCCUAACAGUCGGAUGGGUCUCUGCCCAAAUUCGGGCGCUGGGAAUCGAGCCUAUGCGUUGCUAUAGGUGUAUGGGGACUGGACACACCAGGGCAACCUGCCCCUCGGAGGUGGACAGAGGAGAGCUCUGCUACAGGUGCAGCAAGCCUGGGCACAAAAUGGCUGAAUGCAGCUCGGAGCCGUUUUGCGCUGUGUGCCAUCGUGCCAAGCUUCCGCACAAGCACCACAUGGGAGGAAGAGGAUGCUCUCCCCCCAAAGUCAAAGGUCUAGAUACCCCUGCUCGGACCCCAGUGGAUCCAGCAAAUAAGGAGUCCCCAAUGGAGGUUAACACGAUGCCGUAA